UUCGCGGUAAAAUCGAAAUGAUCCUCCGCCGAGUUCAAUGAAUUCGAAGUGACAACUUAUUCAGUUGCAUUGGUUACAGUCGUAAUUGUCCGAAAUAUACUUAUGUUACAAACAUGCUUUUGAUAAAGCACGUAUCUCUUACGGGGAAGUGAUGACGAUUUAAUCACAGGGAAAUUGGUGGAUGUCUCUGAGGAUUCCAAGAGAUAUAUACUUAUGAAUAAGUGAAGACAUCUAAAUAAGUAUGGACGAGAAUUCAAUCACUCCACCUUUGUCGCCAGACAACCCUUAUCGACUGGACAUUGAAGAUAGUGAUAUGAUGUUUGCUGAUGACAUGACCAGGCAAUUCCCAUCUACCCCAGUACACUUUCCAGACGAGGGUCAGCUGAUGGAUGUCCAGGAACAACCCCCUACAUACACAAACCAGCGUCCAUUCACAUGUCAUAAAUCUGCUCCAAAACAGCUAGAAAGUUUCCUGAAGACAAUUGAGUCUGCCUAUGUACCAGAUCUAGACAGCAUAGUGGAGUUGUUCAAUCAUCAGUUUGUCACUUGUCAGCUGGAACAGACCCUCAAUAAACUGUUCUUGUUUCUCAGUCAGUGGAUUUGUCGGUUACAGAACAGGAACCCAUCCCCAGUUUCAGAAGUCCGAAGAUGGAGACAAGAUAUCAUCAGCUUCUAUAUUUUCUUGAAAUCUUAUGUUUUGAGGUACAAAGUAUGUGAUGAACCUCCCCUGUUGAAUUCCCUUCUGACGUUAAUGCAUAGUACCAUAUUGUAUGUAGAUGCGCCCACCAAGAUACAUUAUGACUCCAUGAGCAGGAUGGAUGGUUGUGAAUAUAACAGUUUCCACCUAUGCCUAGAUGUAUACUGGGAGACGUUAGAACUUCUUUGUCUUUUAGAAUACAAGUUUCAAGUUCUGCCCUGCAGACGAAGUUUGUUCCGAUGCAGCCAGAGGGAGGACGAGGAUCAUAAAUCUAUGUUCACUCAAAUGGUGGAACUCAUCUUGUGGGAACUUGUCACUCUGGCCCAACAGGUGUACAGCAAGAUAUCGAUAAAAGAAGCCCUAGAGAAGAGUCCAUUCCUAUGUCCGUGUGUAAAAGAGAUGUGGAUUAUGUGUGAAGUUCUCCUCAGACACAAACAUGGUUCUGAACAGCUCUUCUGGUUUCACAUCAACAACAUGAUGCGGGUCUUACAAGAGGAUGAAGUGCCAGAAAACAACAACAACAUGGAGAUAGAUUCUGAUGUCUGUGUGUAUCCCGCUACUUCUCCAAUCAUUAAAGACAAAACUGGAUUUUGUUUAUGGUUAUCAACCAAACUGGCCGUGCUUCAGACUGACUCGUCAAACAGCUGCUCUGUACAGCAUACAAGUGACAGCAACUACCAAGAAGUGAUGGCAGCUCUUAGAAAGUCCUUAGCAAAGACUGAUUUGUCCGAGUCUGAUGUGAGGUUUUACCUGCAGUGCUGUGUUAAUCUUGCCGAGCACUGGAAACCAAAUGUGACACUCCUUCUUCUCCUGUGGGACCAUUUCUAUCGUAAAAUGAAUAGCAGUUUCCUGCUGAAUGUGGCUACAGUGGAUGGUUUAGGUACUAUCAGCAAGAGCUCAUUGACCUUAUUAGAGCAGUGCAAUAGGCUUGGGUGUGGUCAGUACAAAUUUAAGCCUCAGGACACAAGUUUCCAAUUAUUUCUUGGUCUCCUUGGUAACCACCUUCACCAAAUGCUUGACUCUGGUUCUAACCAAGAAUGGAGGCAGAUAAAAGGAAGAGUAUAUUCCAAGUUUCAUAAACGGAGGAUCCAGGAGUUAACAGAGAAUGGAUUUUAUAACUUCACAAGUCUGUUCCUGUGUCUCAGUCUGGCUGCUGACACAGAGGAUGUGACUGGAAAACUGUGUGACUUCUACAACAUGGUCGAUGUGUCAAGCCUCUCUCUAAACACAACUCGAGUCGUGUGGAUGGGCAUGUUUGCAAUGGUGCACCUUCAUCAGCAGAAGGAUCUAGACUUCUCCUUCCUGACAGAGAGACUUGGUCAGGCUUUCAACAAUACCUCUCUGGAAUUGAUGUGUGAUGACCUUGACCCCAGACGACGACAGCUCCUGUGGAAGCUGAUCCUGUUCUACAUUGAAAGUCUACAGGAAGUGUUUGAGUCCAGUUCCAAACUGGGACCUGGCCACUCUAAGCUGAUAACAGAAGGAUUUGCCAAUGUCCUCCGAGUGUGUAGAAGUAAUGAGAUGGGUCCUGUGUUGGGUACAAUAGAGGCUGUGAUCACUCGUAUCAGGGAGAUGAAGAAAAAACCUGGAGCCGAGAAGAAUAUAGAAGACCUGUAUAGAGUGCUGUGGACUGUUGUCUUGCCAACAGUAAAAACCCUGUCCUGCAGUCAGACAGCGUCACCCCUUUUGGCCGACACUCUGGCAGGGAUCACUCUGCUUGCCUUUGACAGCAAAAAAGAAGAUUUUAUCAGUAUGGUGAAGUUUGUACAGAGUGGAGCCACCAAUAGAAGUGUUUGCUGUCGAUUCUGGAGCCACUUGCUACCGACAGACAGUGUACUGACCACUCUGUCCAGUCUGGUACCUAACUACCAAACUGAUCUCAUCCAAACCUGGGUCAGCAGUACAGUAUUCCUGCCAGCUCAAUCCACACAUCUUCUCACCAUGAACAGAUGUAUGCAGACUCUCCCUGAAGUACUAGAAAUAAUGACCCAGGCUGGAGUAAAUAAAAGUGAGGCUUCAUGCCUUCACUUCAUCAAAGCUGUCGACAUAGUCUACAACAAGACAAUGGUGUGGAAGGAUCGAAUACAAUUGCGUGAUAAGGCUAUGAACUACUUUUCGCAUGUACUGCGACAGUUGUCCCCGAUAUUACAGAGCCUCAAGCCAGUAGAGACCCUUGCUAAUGCAUAUGCUGUGAUGGGAUACAUCGUGAAAUGCUGUGCCCAGCUUCUCUUUGUCCAAGCUAAGCCAGACUGUCCCCUACCCAACAUUAUCAGUGCAAUGGUUGUACCUCACUUCCUGUUCAACUCGGACAAGCCUGUCAGUCCGGUCUUCCUGGCCGUGGCAAGGGACCACCUUCAUUUGUUUGUGCGAGGUUUAGGUCGCCUGGAUUACAGGAAAGCUCCCUAUGUGCAGAGAAGGUUAAAGGAUAUUGUAGCUAUUUAUAUUCCAAAGUUUUGGACAAGCAGCUGCUCGCUGUCGUCUGGGACCGCAUCAUCUGUUCAUCCUCUUGUGGUAUCACUGAAGGACAGUUGUGUACGACAGCCUACAGAAUCAGCCAUGGAGUUUAGGCAGUUUAUAUUUGAAGCUGUAAUAGAGAAAUUUCUGGUUCCUUCACACUUUACAUUACCACCAAACCAUCACUUGGCACUGAUGUUCCUCCGAGAGAUCAUUGGUAGGACUUACAGUAAAGAAGCAGCGGUAAGAGACGCAUCGACUGUCCUAGGCGGUGUCUUGACGGUGAUGGUACUGUCCGAGGUACAAACGACAUACUUGUGUGCACAGACAAUCGCUACUAAGCUACUGGAGGACUGCAAAGCCUCAGCAACAAGCACUUUAGCGAGUGUAACAAAAACAUUGGAGACAUUUGUAACCAUCCAUAAGAAGACCCAUCUUGACCACUGUAUCAGGGCACUUGACAAACUGUCAAAAGCAGGGGGCAUCUUCAUUAGUCACAUUCUCCCCAAGCUGCAACACUUCAUUGUAGACCAUGAAUCCCACAGAGGAGUGGGGUCCGACUCCAAACUCAGACAAAACUACACAAACCUGUCACGAAAUGUUAGCUGUAACCAGAGAAAUGACACAUAAUGAUACUCUUCGUCCGAAACCUGGAUAA